AUGAAGGAUUCAAAAGUACCUGAUGCUAAUGCACUUGCAAGGCCUGAUUCUUGGGCAUUUCCUGAAGCCUUAGCCUUACCAAAAAAGAAAACUAAGAAAAAGAACAUCAAAAGGAAAUCAAAUAAAAAGAAAAACAAGAAGAAAAUAAACAAAAAGGUCAAGUUUAUGAAAAAGGGAGCAUGUACAGGUACAUGUCCCGAGAAUGAAUUGUUAGGAAAUACUGAUGGAAUAAUUGGAGAUGCAACAAACUCCAAUGGUCUUAGUGCCAAUAGUGAAAAUAGUAAUGCCAAUGCCAAUAAUAAUUCUAAUACCAAUGUUAACCAAAUUAUAAUCUACGUGUUACCUGGGUCUGCUGUACUAACAGGUGCCAACAUUUCCUCGAUUCUACCUGCUGGUGCACUUCCAUUCAAUGGCACUUUAGGACCCGAUACGACUGGAGGUGUAUUAAUUGUACCUGGGACCAGUGGCACUAUUAGUACGACGGGGAGUGAAAGUAAAACAGGUAGCAAAUCUGGCAAAAAUCAAGGGUCAGGAGAAGGUCAUGGGAGUGCAACGGCUAGCGUAGGACAAUUACCUAUUGCAAGUAGUGUGCUUGUACCUUUACCCCUAGACCAAGCUAAAGGAGGAGACUCUGCACAAGUUGUUGAACCGAAUACUGGUGGAGUUGUUGUUGUGAAUACCAAUGGAGAACUUCAAAUUGUACAGUAUGAUACUUUGGCAUUAUAUGAUGAAAAUAUUGAAAACCAGAAUAAUGAAAAUCAAUCAACAGAUUCUGCAGCAGUAGUGGCAGAAUGGGGGUUUAAGGGAACAGAUGUUACAUUUGUGGAUAAACAGACGACAUUGUUUGCAUGUGCAGAUAGUUCUGGGUAUGGCGUGGUGUAUGCUGGACAGGUUCCUGAGAGUUGUCCAGGGUCGCAGCCACUAGAGCUUGUGAUGACUUAA